AUGCACGGAAAAGGCAUCAGUGAGACAGUCAAGAUUGUCCCAUUCACCCGGGCAGAGACCAAGCUGUUGGAAGUCAUCGUGCCCGAGAACGAGGGUAGACAGGGUCGCACAGUGGUUAUGAAUCUGCACCAAUGGGGGUUGGCCAAGGUGAUUCUGCUUGAUAGUGGUGCGGACCACAGCGUGAUUUGCAAGGGGCUAAGCAGCAACGUGCUUCGCAAGAAAUGUGCCGGAGCGGAACGUUUUGCCGCAGCAGUCGCCGGCUAA